GGAGCUGUAAAGGCUGGUCGUGAGGCCCAGGGGUCCCUAGCAACGUCCUCGCAGCAAUGACGUCCUGUUUGUACGAGUGCCUGUGUGAGGCAGAACUUGAGCAGUAUUACCCCCAUUUCGCUGCCGUGGGGCUCCAGAAGAUAGAUGAACUAGCCAAGAUCACGAUGAAAGACUACAGCAAGCUGGGUGUCCGCAGCAUGAGUGACCGCCGGCGCCUCUUCCAACUCAUUAAAAUCAUCCAAAUCGCGCAAGAGGAAGACCAAGCGGCCAGCCGUUCCAAACACCGCCUUCAGGCGCGGAGCCGCCAUCCCCUUCAACCUCAGGAUCCCCAGCCGGGGCCUCGGAGGCAGCUGCACUUCGAUUCUCCCGCCGACGGAAGGGACGGAACGGUAGGAAACCGGGGAUCGGAACCGUGCUGCUCGGCCGGCAUCCCCGCCGACGAACCCAAGCCGGGCCUGGUCGAAAUGCUAGAGGACGUUCUUCCCGGGGACGGACGAUGCCAGCCCAAAUCGAAAAUCCCCACCGCUGCCCCUGACGAUCCCUAUCUGCCGCCAGAAAUCGACACUUCAGCGGACGAUCUCUCUCCCUACUGGGGGGACGGCAGACUUCCCAUCGUCCAGAGGGUCACUCACGGGUCAGGGUAUAACUACGGAGUGCCUCAUUCUUCUUUCAGACAGAGCACUUCGGAGCAAGGGAGUCCUUGGACCGAGACGGAGAGGAUCCACGUGUGUGUCCGGAAACGACCCCUGGGUCUGAGGGAGGAGCGACGUGGAGAAGUGAACAUUAUCAGAGUGGAAGAUCAAGAAACUCUCCUCGUCCAUGAGAAGAAAGAGGCUGUCGAUCUCACACAGUAUAUCCUGCAGCAUGUUUUUUAUUUUGAUGAAGUCUUUGGUGAGGCGUGUACCAAUCAGGAUGUAUACAUGAAGACCACUCAUCCACUCAUUCAGCAUAUUUUUAACGGAGGAAACGCCACCUGCUUUGCAUACGGCCAGACGGGGGCUGGCAAAACUUACACUAUGAUCGGAACUCAUCAAAACCCAGGACUGUAUGCUCUCGCUGCUAAAGACAUCUUCGACCACCUCGAGGCGUCCCAGCCCAGGAGGGACCUACACGUAUGGGUCAGUUUUUACGAGAUCUACUGCGGACAGCUCUACGACCUGCUCAAUGGAAGAAAAAGACUUUUCGCCAGAGAAGAUAGUAAACAUAUUGUGCAAAUAGUGGAGCUGCGGGAGCUUCGGGUGGAUAACGUGGACCUGCUCUUAGAGGUGAUUUUGAAAGGCGGCAAGGAGCGAAGCAUUGGAGCCACGGGGGUAAACUCGGAUUCCUCCCGUUCUCACGCUGUCAUCCAAAUUCAGAUUAAAGAUUCGGCCAAGAGAACUCUCGGGAGGAUAUCAUUUAUUGAUUUGGCUGGAAGCGAGAGAGCCUCAGACGCUAAGGAUUCAGACAAGCAAACCAAAAUUGAAGGAGCAGAAAUAAACCAAAGUCUUCUGGCCCUAAAGGAAUGCAUCCGUGCACUGGAUCAAGAACAUGCCCACACCCCCUUUCGGCAAAGCAAAUUAACUCAGGUUCUGAAGGACUCUUUCGUCGGCAACUCCAAGACCUGCAUGAUCGCCAACAUUUCCCCCAGCCAUAUAGCUACCGAGCAUACCCUAAACACUUUACGCUACGCGGACAGGGUGAAAGAACUCAAGAGAGGGAUGAAGUGCUGCCCGCCGAUGACCGGCCAGAGCCAGAGGGCGGGACACCUGUCUCCGAAGCGUAACCAAUGCUCUUCUUCGGGCCUGCCGGGAGAGAAGAGUUCCCCCAAGAAAGUGAAGCUGGGGAUGCAGUCGCCCCUCCCGCAGGGUUUCGGCCCGGCCGGGCCCAAGGCCUACCCUUUAGCUUUCCACCCGGCUAACGUCCCGCUGUCUUCUACCCCCAAGGUGGCCGGCAAAGGGAAGUCCUCCAGAGCCAACCCGAGCUACGUCUGGCUCGCCCACACCAGCCCCGUGAGAGGAACGCUAAGGGCCGGGUCCUCGGGGAAGAAGAAGGUGGCAGAGGGGGCUCCGGGCUCGGAGAAAGCUCCCCGGCGCCCAGCCGAAGCGCCGAGGAACAGAGAGGUUGGCCGGAGUGAGGACGGGAGGCGGGGUAGGAAGGUCCAGACCGUGCGGCCGGUGCAAAAGCAACUCGUGCCCCGAGAGGAGCUCUCUUUCGGGGAGGUCCUCCCGGCGGAGAAGGGCGGCCACGACGGCGGAAGCCGGGCGGCUCGGCCCGGCCCCGCGGGCCGGGCGGGGGUCCCUCUCCGCCAGAAAGAGCGGGAGGACCACCUGCGCUCUUACCAUCGGCAGUUCCAGCAGCCGCCCCUUUUCCGGCAGCAGUUGAAACCCCAGCCCCAGGAGCGGUUCCUGUGCCGGCACGGACCGCGGGAGACGGGCGUCCGGCAGGACGGCGCCCCCGUCCCGUCUCCUCCCGGUCCCCGGCCGCAGGACGGCACCCACCCGGAAGACCUGGACGACAGCGAUUUCAGCGAAGACUCCUUCACGCACGUCUCCGGCCAGAGGUCGGCCCCUCCCGGCAGCCCCGGCACGUGCGGCCAGCCUUCCUUCUUCCUUCACCAGAGCGGAGACCGGGGGGCCGCGGGCCGGCCGGCCGGAGACGGGGACGCUCUGCUCUUUCGCCUCGCCACCGGCCCGCGAGGCGGCGGUCCGGACGUCGGCCGGGGCCGCCCCGGCGGGUCAUCCCGGGCCCGGGCGGAGGAGCCCGACAGGGACCACGGCGGGCGGUCUCCCGCCGACUGGAGUCCGGGAGGAGGCCCGGCCUCUCCAGCCGCCUCUCCCGACAGCCGGUGCGCCGAGAGGCCUCGCUGCUCCCGGGGCGGCCUCGGGUGCGGUCGGAAAAACGGCUGUGGCGCCUCGGUUCAUCCCGGACGGUUCGCCGGGCCCUCCCCCGCCCCGCCCGACGCCCGCUCUCCGUCUCCAGGACGGGAGGUCUCCGGCUUGUCGCUGUCCCGCCUGGCCGACCCGCCGUCUCCAGACCCCGCCGGGGAAAGGGAAGGCGACGGCGAAGACCCCCGGGCCCCUCUGGCCGGGACCGGGCCGAGGGGAGGCCAGAGCGAGGGAGGAGAGUCGUACGGGGGAUCGGGCUCCUCGGCGGAAUUCACUUCCGGGCCGGCGGCCCCCCUCACCGUGUCCCUCCUUGAGAGUACAGACGGCGAGGUGUCCGGCGAGACCUCUCCCGAACCGGGGCAAGACGCUCCCGUGACGGGGAGACGGGCGUCCGGCGGGAGAGUCCGGAGAUGCGGCGGGGAGGCCCGACCCCUCCUCGGGAAGGAAGGUCCGGCCGCGGAGGCGAUGGCCGAGGCAACCCGGCCUUGGGGGAGGGAGGCGGGCCCUCGGAUGGAGGAGUGGUGGUUGUCGCUGUCGUGUCGCGCCCCCCCGCCGGGUUGCGGGUGGGGCGGUUGGCCCCCGGUGCCCGUCGGUCGGGGCCCAGCGGGCGAUGUGCCCGGCGGGGAUGAGCAAGAGGACCUGGUUUUCGGAACGGUGACGGGCAGAGGCUCCGCGAGCGGCCGGUGGUACGACGCCGAUUCCGAAGAGACUCCCGGGAGCUGGGGCCCGAGCUCCCCCGAAAAGCCUCACCCCGUCGAGGAAGGGCCGGCGGGCGGUCGGGGACCCGCCGUUCAGAUGGCGCCUGCGGGGACUCACGCCCCUCUCCCGUAUCCGGGGCCUGUCCCGUUCCCAGCCCGCCUCCCAACCCGAGAGAGCCCGCCGGGGGCGGACCCCCCUCGCCGGGACCCGGGCUGGGCAGCGGGACCCUCUAGCCUGUCUCUCAGCGGCGAAGGCGUCGGGCAGCUCAAACAGAAGCGGAUCGGAAGCGUCCUCCCACAGGCUGGCUUCAAACCGGCCACCCAGGCUGGCUGCAGGUCAACGUCCCAGGCCCCCUCUGCCGAGCACGUGGGGCUCUUGGCUCGCCGGGCUACUUCGGGGCAGCCAUCUGGGGCCAGCAGCCCAGCCGGGACCUCUCCGGCGGGAGACUGGCCCGGAGACGACCUGGAGCGAGCCCGGAAGGUGGUCAUCGGGGCCCACCGAGAGCAGCUGGAUGAGAUGGCCCUGCUGGGUUCCAAGGAGGAGAGUCUGCUUAAUCGAAUGACGACGGCGGACUUUGAGGACUUUGUGGCCCAGCUGGACGAGAUCAUGGCCCUGAAGUCCAAGUGCAUCCAGAGCCUGAGGACCCAGCUGGGACGGUACCUGGCCCGCGCCCCGCCGGCCCCGGCCCCCGAGAGAGCCCCGGCCUCUUAGGGCGGCGGGGCGGAGCCGGGCUCCAGCCAGGCGGGGGCCGGGGAAGGUGCCGCCGGGCCGGCCUUUCGGACCGUUUCUCGCCUGCAGAAUCUUUUGGUCCCCAGAGAACCCUGAGCGUAAGUAAACGGGAGAGGCAGCGCCUCCUCGGAACCGC